AUGAAUACUAUUAUCUUGCUUGCCUCCCUUCUCCCACUGACUCUGGCCUUCCCUCCGUUGACCAAUGAUGUCAACAAAUUGGCCACUUGUCCAUUCCCCAACCAAACUGACACUAAGUUCUAUACCUACAAUUGUGAUGGCAGUAAGCACCUUUACAUUACAUGUAAUAUUCGUUUUAGCCAUGCAAAUCCAAGUCCGUUCUGCGGCUGUUUAUGACCGAUUGAGUAACAAAGAAAUCUAUCCAGUAAAUGUGACUGUGCCUCUGUUAAUAAAGUUAAAAUCUGUCAAUAAUGGAGUUGCGGUAAGAAAAAAUAAUUAAUGGGAUGAUAAGAUCGUAAUCUUUAGUUGGGCUGCUGAUACAUGAAAAAAAUAUGCAACUGAAAUAUAGGAAUUUGCAGAUAAACAGUAACAAGGUCGACGUGGAAUUGGCGCAAUACAGUAGCAGUUGGACUGAUUCCAACUGCAAAUGGCAUAGCAUCCCCACUUUCGGAUUACUGUAAGGGAAUCUUUGUAUUUUGUUUUUCUUAUCACCCUCGGGGUUGCAGCAUUUUUGGAUACUGCGAGGAAUCAGACUGCCAAUGGCACACGUAGGACAGGUGGGCACCCAAAAAAAGGUGUAGUAAGUGCCUAUGGGGCAGGCUUUUGGCAAGCCAUUUACAACCUUUUGGCUAGCCAGGCGAUUUUUUUUUUGGCUGUCAUGCAGGCUUUGGCUAUCUAAUCAAGCAGUUUUGCAAUAUGGACGUAUUGAUUCAAAGUAUUGAUCCGAUGGUUGCGUCUGAUUCCUUUGUUCUUAAAAUGGAUUUUUAUUUUUACAAGAAAAGUACUUUUAUGGGGGCUCCUUCUUUUGAACGGGACAUAUCUCAAAAAUACGUUGAAUCAUGCUGAUUUUGAAUAUGUAAAAAUUAGUCGCCCAAUCGUGGGUUUUAAAGGUGAAAAAGCAAUCGCAAGUUGACAUAAACUCCUACAUAAGCCACUUUCCGCUCAUUUUUUUCACAGAUUUACAAAUUUUAAUUUAUUAGCUUAAAAUUAAGUGUCUUUAAUUUCUAAAACGUAAUAAUAAGUCUUGGUGCAAAAAUUUAUUUUCCAGACCUUCAACUUCAAAAAAAGUUGAUCCGGGUCAAUUCGACCCUUAAACCCAAAAUUGGGCAGCUAAUUUGUACACACUAUUUUUGAUCAGCACAAUUUUGAGUUAUGUCCCGUCAAUAAGUAGGAGCCCCCAUAAAAGUAAUUUCCUUGUUAGAAAAAAUAUCGAUGGUUGUGAAUUUGCGAAUAAUUGCCCUCUGCAAAGUGGAGAUCUUGAUCUCUUGUUGCCACUGGACUUGUCCAAAUAUUCCAAAAUCCUCAAACUACUGACUGGAGACGUAAGUGAUCAUUUAAGAUGGCUGUUAUCGUAAAAGAAUUAGCGGGGGAUACUGUAAAGUUGAUUCGUAAAUGCAAAAGUCGGCCGAGGAUAAUAUUAUGACAUUAUUACAUAAUAUUACGCUCAGACUGCUAAGCAAACAAAUCGUCGUUUUUUUAAAGUAUAAAUUUACUUCCAGAAGGCAUACCAACUGAGAAUUCUGAUGAAGGACGGGGAAGACGCCACCAAAAAGAUUAGCUGCGUCGUGGCCCAACUGAAGUUCUCCAAUUAA